AUGUUUUCAUCCAAACCUAACGGCUACAGGCCUAUUCAAGACGACACCACACAAGAUGCCAAAAGUGAUAGUGAUUCCGGUAAACGGGGCUCGAGUGCGAGAAGAUGUCUCCACAUUGCUCAGCAUCGUCCUGGAAUUUCCAUUGCUAUCCUCGCGUUGUUUCUAGUCGCAAACGUCAUCCUAUUCGCAUAUUCUAUGGUGAACCUCCAGAACAUCCAAAACAGCCAUGAGACCGACGCGAAGAGCCGAUAUUUACAUCAUGAGUUAAACUUGGACUUGAAGAAGACAUCGUCUUACUCUCUUCUCCUCGACUUGAUCGACCUCAAACCUUCAAUCAAAAUAAUUAAUGGCGCACUCCGCGAUAAUACGUCUCUGUGGCGGAUGGCACCUUCACCAGAAGUUGACGCAGCUUGGGAUCGCAUCUCCGCCGAGGACUUACAGAUUAUCACGGUUUCCUCAUCAGACAUCGUCAAAUCAGGGAAAGACCCUUCCCACUCAGUCAAAGCCCCUUCGUCGUGGGGCUUUGGGAACGACGCCUACAUAGCCCAGGUCGAGGUCUUCCACCAGAUUCAUUGCCUGAACGAGCUUCGGAAGGAGCUCUUUUACGAUUAUUACUAUCACAACGCGCCACGGAACGAGCUCCACAUAAGCCACAAGACUCAUUGCAUCCACAUCCUCCUGCAGAGUCUAAUGUGCAACCCAGACGUCGGGAUUAUAACCCAUAACUGGAUCUAUGACGAGAAAUACAGCGAUCCAAAGACGCGACCGUUUCCAGACUUCAGCGUGGCGAAAAAGUGUAGGGACUUUGAUAGCAUUUUGAGGUGGCUGGAAGAGGACGGGGGCGUGAAGAAAUUUUCGAGCAAGUUCCCGAUGGAGUAUCCACCGGGAGCAUUCGUCUUGCCUGGAGACGGAUAUAGCGUUGCUGGCGGGAAGGCAUUUUGA